AUGUCCGGAAAGCUCGCAAGCCUUGACGUCCUUUUCGACGCAAAGGCGCAGAGCGGCCAUACCUUUGAGGCUAUCGCCAAGCACCUGGGCCGCAGUGAGGUGGCGGUUGCGGGCAUCUUCUACGGCCAGGUGCAAGCGUCGGAUGAAGAUGUCGAGAAGUUGUCGGGACUUCUCGGCGUCGACGCUGCGUCCUUGAAGCCCAAACUGACUGCCUUCCCUGACCGUGGUCGCGCAGGGCCCAUGCCACCUGUUGAGCCGCUCAUCUACCGUCUGUACGAGAUCGUGCAGAACUACGGUUACGCCUACAAGGCCAUUUUGAACGAGAAGUUUGGCGACGGUAUCAUGAGCGCCAUCUGCUUCAACACCAGUGUCGAGAAGGAGACCGAUGAGGCAGGGAACCCGUGGGUUGUCAUUACCCUCAAGGGCAAAUGGCUCCCUUUUACCCGCUUCUAA